AUGGAAGUAGACCUUAUUUUUUAUAUUUUCGGAAGCUUCUCCAGGAAGAAGAGGGAAAGGAGGAAAUCCCUCGAGCCAUCGUCGAUCAGCGCUGGGAAUAGUCCGUUGAAAAGUAACUCCAAGUCCAAAUUGUCUCGGCCAUCGAGUCAGAACGGUAUCGCGCCAAGAACUUCUGCGUAUGAGGAGAGACGGAAGGCGAAACUGAAGGAAUGGGAGUGUGGUAUAUGUAAGAGCGAGCUGGUGGAGCCGAGACUGCUCGCGUGUCUUCAUAGCUUCUGUACAGACUGUCUCUUGGGGCUACACUGUGACGGGGAUGAUCUGUGGGAGGAUAACGAAGGAUGUCCGGAACACGACGCUGGUUUUGGCUCUGCAUCAGCUGGAGGCUCCGGAGGUUCAGGCUAUGAGACACUGAGACAUUCCGUCUCUGAAAGUAGUCUGGAGAAAAUUAAAUAUGGGAUCGUUUCUAGGAAGGUAUCCGGUAAGAGCUAUCAUUUCGUGGUGUGUCCACUGUGCGGGUCAGAGAGCCAGCUGCCUCUGGGCGGUGUGUCAGCACUGCCGCUGAACUACGUGCUGCUGAGGAGGAUGAACGGCAGAGAUGGAGACAGCGCUGUGCUCUGUGACCUCUGCUGUGCUGAUAAUAAGGCUGAAAGUCGCUGCAGUCAGUGUCUUGUGAGCGUGUGUACAUCUUGUGGUGACUCGCACACCAUGAAGAAGGGGAACGCGACACAUCUCCUGGAGCCCCUCGCACCAUUCCUCAGGUUCUGCGGACAACAUCCGAAGGUCGAGCUGACCGUGUACUGCGCUACUUGCCAGCAGGUGAUCUGUCGCGACUGUAGUCUGAUCUCCCACGGGGGUCAUGCUCUGGAGGGCGCGGGCAGGGCUGCGGCGGGGAAGGUGGCGGCCCUCAAGGACGCCAUGCAGAGAGCUGGACUUGUACCUGACCAUGUGCAACGAGCUAACAGGAUAUUAGACGUACACGCCAAGGAAAUUGAUGAGCAAGCUUCCCGCGUGGAGUCCGAGAUCCGCUUGUGGUCGGAGGAGUAUCGCAGGUCGUUAGAGACACACGCGAGGGCGCUGUGUGCGGGCGCGGUGAGGGCGCGCGCUCGGUACAGAGCCAGGGCCGCGAGACAACUGGUUCAACUGGAGCAGAGAGCGGAACACGCGCGGGAGGCGGUCAGGUUCGCGGAGGAGCUUUUAAGCGAGGGCAAGGAAGACGAGAUCCUUUCCCUCAGCGGGCCGGUGCUGAAACGUCUCCAGAACCUCACAGAACUGCAGCCUCUGUGCGAGGCGGCGCGCUGUGAGCUCCGGUUCGCUCCUAACGCGCCGGCCGCCCACAACCCCUCACUCGUCGGCAGAUUGUACACUAUGGGACCAGAUCCGCAGCAAUGCGUGCUUGACACUGACGGUCUACAAGAUCUCCGGGUGGACUGCCAACACACAGCUAUAUUAGAGUUACGAGACAGCAACGGAGAACGUAUCUGGUGCGGCGGUGAGACGGUUUGUGGAUAUUUCCGUCGCCGGGACAGUUCGUCCCGGCCCGCCGCGGCUCGCGUGAGGCCUCGUGUCGAUGGUUCAUACGCGCUGCAUGUAGCACCUCGAACACCUGGACACUACCUGUUGGCCGUCACUGUCGACAACCAGCCCAUAAAGGGCAGUCCGUUCUCGUGUUCAGCUCGCCUGUCCAAGUCCCACUCGGGUCAGUUCCACUGCUGUUCGUUCUGUUCGUCGGGAGGUCGCCGGGACGCCACCUGCGGCUGUGGAUCCACUAUGGGGGGAGGUUAUAAAGGCUGUGGUCACGGCCACGCGGGCUGGCCAGGGACAAGGCACUGGUCCUGCUGCGGAGGGACCUCCCGUCAUGGACCUUGUACCACACUCACCACAAACACACCACACACAUACCACGUGUCACUAUGA